CAUCUUCACUAUGUUUCUGUCGACAUUGAAGAAAUAGCUUCUAUAUUACUAAUGUCUACGUAUAAUCAGUGAGAUUCAAUUGACAGAUUAUACUAUUACUCUCUACUUCUCAGGCAUGUGAAUGUAGUAAUACGGACUACAUAACACCUACUCAGUAGCCGCAGCUACCAACCAGCCAACCUGCCGGGUCUAUUUUAUCGCCGAGUUAUCCUACUAAAUGCAGGCGUCAAUAAUAAAUUCCCUCCUAGAAACGCCUCUUACGACUUCCAUACCUUAGCCAAGUCGAAGUCGAAGUCGAAGUCGAAGAAUAAUAAUAUGCCAUCAACCGAGUCAGACCCCGAAGAUGCGAUCACCUCAGAAGAGAUCGCCGGCACGGCACCAGCGCCAGCAGCCACCGGUGUGACUCAAGGCACGAAGCGCAACGCAUUCACAGAACUAAUGUCCCCCAAACCCAAGGCCGCCAAAGAAUCCUCCCCCCAAACCCUCGCCUCAACCCGAAGCCCAAACACGCGCUUCCUAAAAGAGCGCGACGGCCUCGGCGCCUACACGCGGAACCCAUCCUCCUUCCCGCCCUCGCGCGUAAUCUACCACACCGACGAUUUCGUCGCCAUAAACGACCUAUACCCGAAAUCCACCGUGCACGCGCUCCUCCUCCCACGCUCACCACUAAGUCGUCUCCACCCCUUCGACGCCUUCGACGACGCCGCCUUCCUAACCUCCGUACGGGCCGAGACCGCGAAGCUAAAGCGAUUAGUAGCGAAAGAGCUACAACGGCGGUACGGGCGAUACAGCGCGCAAGAGCAAGAGCGAGAAGCGGUGUUAAACGGGGAGACAGAGGUGCCGUCAGGAGAAGGACUACCAAAAGGGCGGGAUUGGGAAAGCGAGCUAUUAGUCGGAGUCCACGCACACCCGUCGAUGAACGACUUGCACGUACACGUGCUGUCGCCAGACAUGAUAUCGGAGUGUAUGCGCCACCGCAAGCACUACAACAGCUUCAACACGCCGUUCCUGAUCGACGUGGCCGACUUCCCGCUCGCCGAGGACGAUGUGCGCAGACAUCCUACGAAGGCUGGGUUCAGUAAUAAGGAUUUAAUAUGUUGGCGUUGUAAGAGGAAUUUUGGGAAUAGGUUUAAACAGCUCAAAGACCAUUUGGAAGAAGAGUUUGAGGAGUGGAAGAAAGAGUGAAUGAGGGCUUUGAUACGUGAUUUGUACUCGAUCUGUUCAAGACCAAGGUUCAAGCGCAUUGUGAAGAAAGAGCGAUAUAUAGGUGAUAGAAGACGCAGGCUCUCACCUACAUUAUUUAUCAGUGUACUUUAGCAAGGCGUCAUUACACAGGUCAGUAUGUUAGACUGUUACGCAUAAGCACGGCUCCAAAUAUCUCACGACAUA